UCGGCUAAUAUGGCAUUUGUUUUCUUGUGCUUUAUUUGUAGGUUUGAAAGAAACUUUUGGACUGUGAAUUGAGGCAUUGGACUCAAGAUGGCCUCGCCAGCAGACAGCUGCAUCCAGUUCACCCGCCAUGCGAGCGAUGUCCUCCUCAAUCUCAACCGCCUUAGAAGCCGGGACAUCUUGACUGACGUCGUCAUCAUUGUGAACCGGGAACAGUUCAGAGCUCACAAAACAGUCCUAAUGGCCUGCAGUGGCCUCUUCUACAGCAUCUUCACUGAUCAGCUCAAAUGCAACUUGAAUGUCAUCAAUUUAGACCCCGAAAUCAACCCUGAAGGGUUUUGCAUCCUCUUGGACUUCAUGUACACAUCCCGUCUGAACUUGAGGGAGAACAAUAUCAUGGCUGUGAUGGCCACAGCACUGUACCUGCAGAUGGAGCACGUGGUUGAUACUUGCCGAAGGUUUGUCAAAUCUAGUGAAGCUGAGAUGGUGUCUGCUAUGAAGACUCCAAGGGAAGAGUUUCUGGCCGGCCGGAUGCUGAGCCACCCAGAGCCGAUGGCUUAUCGGAGCAGAGAUAUCUCAGAGAGCAGCAUGCAUCUCCGAAAUGGGUCCCUUUGUGAUGGGAGGGCCUUUGCACCUGGCUUGUUCAAUAGUCUGUCUGGCUCCUCCAUUUCCUACCCUGGAUACAGCCCUCUCCCUCUAAAUGGCUUCCUUGUGGAUGAUGAGUUGCGGGAGAUGAGGAUGCCCCUCUCUGAACUCUCAAGGGCGAGUGCCUUCCCCAAGGAGAGGAUUCUGCCAUGUGACAGCUCUCGGACAAUCCCCACAGAGUACAUGAGAACCAUCACUGACAUCUCGGCCAACAUGUGCCACGCCACAAUUUAUGCUCCAAAAGAAGCUGCUGCUGAAGAAGCCAGGAGUGACAUGCACUACAGCGUAACCUCUGGCCCCAAACCUGUUGUCCCCUCAGUCCGGAACAACUCCUACUUUUCUUGUGACAAAGUGGCCAAAGAGGAGGAGCGGACGUCUUCAGAAGAUGAGAUCAGCCAGCACUUUGAGCCCACCAACACCCCCUUGGACCGCAAGGGACUCAUUAGUCCCCAGAGCCCACAGAAGUCAGAUUGUCAGCCCAACUCACCAACGGAGUCCAGCAGCAGCAAGAACGCCCGUAUUGGUCAGAGCUCCAGUUCUCUCGCCACCAAGAGCCCCACAGACCCCAAAGCCUGCAACUGGAAGAAGUAUAAGUUCAUUGUUCUCAACUCUCUUAAUCAGAGCACCAAGCAAGACAGUGCUGAUCAGAAUGAGAUGGGAACCCUCUCUCCUCGCACCUACAUGCCCAUGUCUACCUGCCAGCAGUCCAUGGAGCCAGAACAUCUCAAUGUGCAAUCCCCUACUAAGAUGAGUGUGAGUGGAGAAGAUUCCACUAUCCCACAAGCAAGCAGACUCAACAAUAUUGUUAACAGGUCCCUGGAUGGGUCCCCUCGGAGCAGUGAAGGGCAGUCUCCGCUGUACAUGCAUUCAUCAAAGUGCAGCUCCUGUGGCUGCCAGUCUCCACAACAUGCUGAGAUGUGCCUUCACACCCCUGGCUCAACCUUUGGAGAAGAGAUGGGGGAAACCCAGUCUGAAUACUCUGACUCGAGCUGCGGUGAGAAUGGAGCCUUCUUCUGCAAUGAGUGUGACUGCCGGUUUUCUGAAGAGGCCUCUCUCAAGAGACACUCUCUGCAAGUCCACAGUGAUAAGCCCUACAAGUGUGAUCGCUGCCAGGCCUCCUUCCGCUACAAGGGGAACCUCGCCAGCCACAAAACUGUCCACACAGGGGAAAAACCGUAUCGCUGCAACAUCUGCGGGGCACAGUUCAACCGGCCAGCCAACCUGAAAACCCACACGCGCAUCCACUCCGGCGAGAAACCGUACAAGUGCGAGACCUGCGGAGCCCGAUUUGUCCAGGUGGCCCAUCUCCGUGCUCACGUGCUAAUCCACACUGGGGAGAAACCUUACCCGUGUGAAAUCUGCGGCACACGCUUCCGGCAUCUGCAGACGCUCAAAAGUCACCUUCGAAUCCACACGGGAGAGAAGCCGUAUCAUUGUGAGAAGUGCAACCUGCACUUCCGCCACAAAAGCCAGCUGCGGCUCCACCUCCGGCAGAAGCACGGGGCCAUCACCAACACCAAGGUGCAGUACCGCAUCUCGGCGACCGAGGUGCCCCCGGAGCUCCCCAAGGCGUGCUGAAGGCCCAGGAUUUCCCCAGGCGCGUUGUAGUGCGGAAGGGUCGGGGUGGGGACGGGGGGGAAGCUGUCCAAAGGUUACUUGCAACACUUUAAAAAACAAGGAAAAAAGAGAAAAAAAAAAAAUCAUCAUAUGAUGGAGUGCCUCUAAACCCAUAGCGCAGAUAGGUGGAAAAAAAUUAGAAAUU